AUUAUUACUAUUAGUCGGACAGGGCUUUGCUAGCCAAAUACACGUGCAUUUUGAUAACAUAAUGUAAAUAAUGAUAAUACUUCCUUUGCGAUUGAAAACGUUCCUUCAGUGAACACUUUUGUUAGUAUCGAUAACGUACCUAGUGUGAACUUGGUGAAAAACAGUGGUAAAAAAUGGAUUUGGCAACGUCGAAAGCGGUUUCCAUGCUAUCGUUGGGCUUGGGGAGUUUCAUCGCGGGUAUGGCUCCAGCCUGUAUAUCUGAGAGAGCAAGAGAACGGCAUCCACUUUUGAUUUCCUGUCUUCUCUGCUUUGGAGGUGGUGUUCUACUGUCUACAGCGUUAGUUCACAUGCUGCCCGAGGCUAGGGAGAAACUUCCGAAGUACUCCGAGCUUAUGAUGUGUGCAGGAUUCUUCCUGGUGUAUUUAGUUGACGAACUAGUACACUUCUUCUACGGUCCCCACGGGGGUCACCAGAGGAGGAGGUACACGGAAGAGAGCAGUCUACUACGUGGAAGAGAUGGGGAGAUGAGAGAGAGAUGCUGCGGCGAUGCUGACAACCCGAGGAUGUGUCAUGUUAGUCACACGGAGCCAUGUAAUAAGAGUGCGUCGGGGAUUAUUGGGCUGUUGUGUGCGCUGUUCGUACAUAGUCUACUGGAAGGACUGGCUAUUGGUCUGCAAGAAUCAGCUUCAAAGGUGCUUCUCCUCCUAGCUGCAGUAGCUUGUCACAAGUACGUGGUGGGUUUCUGUCUGGGCGCAGAGCUGUGUGGUAGCGGAACCCGGCUGUGUGGACACAUCGUGUGCGUCACUCUGUUCAGCUUGGGCUCUGUGGCCGGCAUUGCUCUGGGCACGCUGCUAGACUCUGUAGCGACGUUCCAAGACUCAGUUGCUAUCCCUAUUAUGCAGGCACUGGCAGCAGGAACUCUGCUUUACGUGACUGUAAGCGAGGUUCUGCCUAGAGAGCGCGCACGCUGGCACGAACGGAAGAGAGCUGCUGGUGUAGCACAGUUCCUGGCAGUAGCAGUCGGAUUCGGUGCCAUGUACCUCUCUACCAUGUUCUUGGACCAUGAUGCAGCUUGACAAGUUUUCUUUUAAAUAAAUAGUUUAGUUUCGUAUCUUUAAUAUUAUGUAGAUAAGUUUUUAGUAAUAAAUAAGAUAUUGACCUCUAAUGGAGAAGAGAAAACUAUAAUGAUGGCGCUCUCAUCAUGAAACAGAAUAUCGGCUGAAUUAUUUAACUGUUAACAUGAAAAACGUUUAUAUAUUUUGAUUACUAAUUGAAUUAUUUUAAUUAUAAAUAAUACAUAUUACUAUUGACGAUUAUUAAUCAUGACAUAUUGCAAUAAAAUUUAAAAUCACGGAAAUUUUAUUGGAAUGUCCUGAACGUAUUAACGAAUAUUCUAAAAAUCCGUUUAAAUAAAAUACUUUUCCAAGGAUUAAAACGUGUGUAAUUGUGUUUGUUUUUCUACAUUCGGUUUUUGCGUAAAAAUUACAUUUGUAUUAUUAUUUUGUUCAACCCGACGUUUCGUGACCUAUUCAGAGCAAGUUUCCAAGUUUGCGGUUGGUACAAGUUGAAAUAGUGUUUUCAGAGUCGUUAUGUGAAGUUUAGCGCCAUUUGUUGUCUAAACUUCAUAAGACAACAAUGACAAACACUAUCUCGAACCUAAUGUAAAAUCACUUCAAUUAGACGCGUUUUAAUCCUUUGAAGAGUAUUUUAUUUAAAUGUAUAACACCGCGUGUGUUAUUAAUCAAAGGAAACACUAAAAUCCAUUUGGUUUUGAUGAUCACGUACCUAUAUUUAAAUAAUCUGUAAUUGAUAUCUGAUACAAUACUGUACAAUAUCGUUGUUGUAAGUAAACAUCGUUUGUUGAAUGUAUGAUGAGUUAAUAGUAAGUUACCGUGUUCUUGUAAUAAUGGGUAUCAAUAAAAUUAUACAAUUUGA